AUGAGAAGCCUCUUCAUGCUGAUGUAUGAAAAGAGAUUUAAAACAAUCGAGUACGAUAUACUCACCUAUGCAACCUCCCGCAACGACAUUCUGUCGUGUGAAGGCUGUAUAGAGCUUGUAUCUCCCAUCCACCUAAGCUUUCCUAAGGAGUUUGUUCUGAAGGAAAACAGGAUCUUCUGCAAGCUAAGGAUCGAAGGAUGCUCUGGGCGUCUUAAAGUUGUCGAGAUCAAGAGAAUCCUAAGGUCUUGCAGUGGAUAUGCAGUGUUAAAGAAGUUGAUUCCAAGUGUCUUCGACAUCAACUUUAUAAGAAAAGUUAACUUCCAGAGAUAUCUGUACUCUUACAGGAAUCUUAUAAUGAGGUCGUCCAUAAGGGUCUUGGGGAGAAAAGUCGUUGAUAAAAUAAAUUUGUGGAACAGGAUCAAAUGGCACUACGGACAGAAUGAAGGUCCUGAGGACGACAUCGAGGGCAUCUCCAGUGACAUUUUAAUGUCUGACUAUUGGGAGAAGUGA